AUGGCAUUGAUUGUGUCUGAUAAAAAAUUAUUUACAAUUAUAUUAUUCUCCGUAUUUGCAAAUAAUGACUUUAUUACUACAUUUAGAGAUUGUUGGAAGAAUCCAUGGAUAACUGGAACAGCAGCAAGCAGCAGCAUUAGGAAUAACUGGUCUAAUACAAACUCAUUUGCUUCCUGGUUAAUGUCAUUGUAUGGAGGUUCGGUUGGAAGCGGAAGCAUCCUCUCAUUUCUUCAAUCAGUCGGAGCUGUUGGUUUAGGAACUGCUGGUACUUUUAUAAGCAGUAGUGUUGGUGCAGCUGUUGGAAUUCUUAUUGGAGCAGCUGGCGGCAAUAUGUUGGCAAAAUAUUUUAAUGAAAUGGAUUUAAAUGAAUAUGAACAACAAAUUUUUGAAAAUUUUAUUCAGAUUGAGGAAAUAGCUAUAUCAAAUGAUCAUAAUAUGAUAAUUGCCCUUAUGCCAGCCUUAUUAUAUAAUGAAUUGAUGUUAAAAUGUUUCAUUGAAACAUUUAUAUCUAGUUCACCUUUCUUAAAUUCUAAAUUAUUUAAAUUUUAUUUCAAAGAUGAUUUAUUAAAGUUGAAAUCAGAAAAAGAAAAGUUUAAUGAUUUGCUAAUUAGCAAUUUUGAAGAAUCUAGAGUGGAAAAAAUUUGGAUAAAGGGUGAAGUAUUUGGAUAUGAGCUGGAUCUUAAUGAUUAUCGACCAUCAAAUGGUAUGAUAAAUUUAUUGGCAGAAGUUUGGUACCAGAUAAAUACGAAUAAAGAUAGAAAGUCAGAAUUUUUCCAUAAAGUCAAGGAAUUAAGCGCCCCCAUUUUUUCACCUUUUAAAGGUAUUUUUGGAUCAUAG